AUGGAAAUCGCUAAAAAGGAGUUCGAGUAUUUGUUGGAAAGCGGAAUUUGUCAACGCUCGAAGAGCCAAUGGUCUAGUCCGUUGCACAUGGUGCAGAAAUCUAACGGCUCCUGGCGCCCAUGCGGCAAUUACCGACGAUUGAAUGCAAAGACAAUUCCAGACAACUAUCCCGUGCGUCAUAUUCAGGACUUUGGAGGCGACCUACAUGAAACGCCGCCCAAACGUUUCAACGAUUUAUCUGAAACGGUCAAGGGACUACCGUUUGUGUUCCCAUAUCUCGACGACGUACUCAUAGCAUCCACGUCAGAGGCAGAGCAUGUUGAGCACCUGGAACAACUCUUUAGACGUUGUCGUGAGAGAGGUUUAGUUAUCAACGAAGAAAAAUGCCAACUAGGCCAGAGCGAGGUGGAAUUUUUAGGCCACUUGGUGUCGUCUAAAGGCAUCAGACCACUCACUCACUCACUCACAAGGCGUUUUCUACCGCAUGCGGCCGCAACGGAAGCGCCACUGCAGAGAUUGAUGGGUGCUUGUAAGAAGCGGGAUCAGACAUCAAUCAGCUGGACGCCUGAAGCUACCGAAGCUUUCCAAAAGCUCAAGGAACAAUUAGCGAAUGCAGCACUCAUUGCAUUCCCUUUGCGAGACCACAAACCGCUUAUGCACGCCUUCGACCAGAAGUGGGAAAAGCUUUCACCACGACAAACUCGGCAAUUGAACUACAUCAGUCAGUUUUCAUCUGACAUCAGACAUAUUAGUGGUGCUGACAAUCAUGUAGCUAACAUGUUAUCACGGACUGAAACAUUCGCUCUGCCAUCGCCGAUAGACAUGCAGCAUUUACACGACGAACAAAGCAACAGCGAUGAAUUGAAGGAGUUGCUCAACGGUGGGCCUACUUCGCUUCACUUGGUACAGUAUCACCACCCCGAUACGGGCAUUAACAUAGUCUGCGAUGAGUCAAUCGGCACUCUUCGCCCAUACGUCCCAGAAUCCUUACGACAGGUAGUAUUCAACGCCAACCACGGGUUAGCACACCCGGGUGCGAAAGCAACCAUUAAACUAAUUUCCAGAAAUUUCGUUUGGAAGAGAAUGAGCAGCGAUUUGCGGGCACGGGUACGCAGCUGUCCAGCAUGUCAGCGUUGUAAAGUCGCAUGUCACACAAAAGGGGAACUCGAGACAUUCGCGGUCCCAGGCAAAGUUUCGAGCACAUCAACGUGGACAUAG